CACUCGUGCGCUGAAUGGGGCGAUUUGCUUGUGACGUUAGAAGGCGAGUGAUGACAUCCGGCUACCAGGUGCCCGUUGGGAUGUGCGGCGCAAAUUCUGAUCUGGGAAACGAAGGGGAAGGGAGUGUGAAUCAGCUGGGCGGUGUGUUUCUGAACGGCCGUCCUCUGCCCGUCUAUAAACGGAGACUGAUGAUUGAGCUCGCGAACGAGGGGGUGAGACCAUGUGAGAUCUCCAGAAUACUGAAGGUCUCCAACGGCUGCGUCAGUAAGAUUUUGGGCAGGUUUCAGCGCACAGGGUUCAUUGGUCCUAAAGCAACGGGAGGCAGCAGACCCAGACUCCUGACUCCUGAUGUCGUCUCCAUCAUAGCGCAGCACAAGCGGCAGAACCCCGCACUGUUCGCCUGGGAGAUCCGACAAAAACUGGAGACAGAUCGAGUCUGCACUGGAGAUAAAGUCCCCAGUGUGUCUUCCAUAAACCGGAUUCUUAAGAAGAUCCAUCUAGAUGUGGACAUGAUGAGCAGUGCAUAUCCAAAUGUAAAACACAGUUACACAGAGGAACAAGUGGACGAGCAGAGGGGUUUACACACAACAGCUGAGACAAAUCAGCAACAAAUGAACACAAACCGGCGAGGCACCUCUCAUCGCAGCAGAACAGCUUUCACUCCAUAUCAGAGUGAGAGGUUAGAGAAAGAGUUCAUCCGUGAACUUUAUCCAGACCUUCUGACCAGAGAAAAGCUGUCUGAGGAGACAAACCUUCCACAGAACACUAUAAAGGUUUGGUUCUCCAAUCGCAGAGCAAGGAUGAGGAGGGAACAAAAGGAAGAACCAAGUAACUGUGGAUCACUGGGUGUAACUAGGCCAGGGUUUCUGGGAAGUAGGAGUGCUUUGAUUUCGUUGUCAGCAACAUCUGACAGCUCAUUGGACGGUUACUUGGCUCAUCACACACAAUCCGCUUUUCCAUUGGCCCAUCACAGAGACAGAAACACUUUCCCAUUGGCUCAUUUGAACUCAAAUGCUGCGUCAACAUGUCCAUUGGAUCGCCCAGAGAGUUUGACCCUGCCGUGCCACCAUGGCAAUGAGGAAUCAGCUUACCGAUUGGUUCCCUUUGUCACAGAAGAAAGGAUCUUAAUAGCUAAUCAAUCACAGUGGGCUCCUCAUCAAUCUCUGAUUGGACAGAAUUUUUCAAUGUUAUGAAUUCCAAAAUAGAACAUUCAUGAACAUUGAUGUUGUGGACAGUAGAGGGCAGUAAAGGAAAGAAAUA